AUGCCCCUCUCAACAACAAUCCGUUUGGUUCCUCACCACCAGCCAAUGUUUCUGGCGCAUAAGCGACAGCGCCGCACCGCUACUAGUGUCCUCGCUGGCGAUUUCGAUCUUCGGCCUCCCCGGGAUGUGCUCACUAGCCUACUCAAUGGCGUAGCACCUUACAAAGAAGUUGAGAAAGAAGAAGAGACGCGUAGAACCAAAAAGAAAGAAAAGAAGGAACGCCUGAAGGAGAAACAAAGGACAAAAGCCAUCUCCAAGGUUCCAGAGAAACCUAUCAAAGUGGAGAGUGCCACCGCACCUUCCCCUGCGCCCAUCGUAGCCAUCCAAUCAAUCAGUGCCCCCGUUAUGCAGCCCUCCUCUUUCUGGCGUGCCCGCGGGACGAGUCACCGACCUACUAUACACAUUGCGACCAUGCAGCGCUCUGUAUCCGUUACACCGCCCCCAAUGGCGUCUUCCCCACAGUCUACCCCCGGACCAUCAAUUUCUUCAGCUACAUCUCGUACAUCAUCAAAGCGCCCCCGCACGCCUGCGGAUGACUACCCCGAUUCUGAGACCUUGAGUCACUACAGAAGCGCCCCACAACCACGAAAGAAAAGAAUUGCAGUGAAGAAGGGCUGGAAGGGUUGGGUGGAGGGUUCGCCACCGCCAUCCGAGAAGCUCAUCAAUCUAGACGCAGUUCCUGUACUACAGGAGAGACGCACACGCAGUGGCAAAAGUUUCGACGCAAUAGGUGUUGGAAAGGAUGGUUGGGUAUAA